AUGUCAAUCAACAAAUCAAUCCUACGUGAAUUUCAAGCAACAAGAAACAACUGGGUCUGCACUAAAGGCCUACCCAGAAAAGUUGAACUCACAGUAACCCCAUCAAACUCCCCCGACUUUAAAGACCCAAUAAAUGUACGAAACACUCUUAACACAGUCCUGGAAGAACUAGCGAAUGUAGAAGAUAAGAUCUCUUAUGUGGUCUACCGUGACAACAUCUCAAUAAUUGGUCUUUUCAACAACAUUCACAAGUGUGAAAUCGCUAAUCACAUAACAACAUCACUAAAUGAAUGGACAGUGGACCAGAGGAAACUUCGACCAGCACAAAUUUACUUCUUUGCAAGUGACUCUAUUGCUCAUCAUUCAAUAGACUUUCUUACCAACAACAUAAUCAAGACGAAUGGAUGGAUCAAUGACAUCAUAACAAAAGUUAAAACAGUCAACAACUUUCAAAACGACCAACUCGUUGUACAGCAAGAAGGCCAAUUGUGUGCAAAACAUUGUCUUAAUGCUUUACUCCAAGGACCUUAUUUUACAGAAUUUGAUUUGGCCACCAUUGCGAAGACCAUCGAUGAUGAGGAGAGAUUGAAAAUGGCAGAAGGUGGGGAAAACAGAGCAGAGUAUCGGGAAUUCAUUGAGGGUCCUUCUUUUAACAUGGAUGAUAGUGGAUAUUUUUCUAUUCAAGUUAUUGCAAAUGCUCUUAAAGUGUGGAGUCUAGAGCUGAUACCUUUUAAAAGUCAAAAUGCUAUAGCAGAAAUCGCUCGUAAAGAUCCUACGUCCCAAAAAUGCUAUAUUUGCAAUUAUAGAGACCAUUGGCUGACAAUAAGAAAGAUUGGUAACCAAUGGUUCAAUCUAAACUCAUUGCUAAGUGGACCUGAAUUGAUAUCGGACACUUACUUGGCCCUCUUUUUGGCACAAUUGCAAGAAGAAGGAUACUCUAUUUUUAUUAUUAACGGAGAAUUACCUGCAUGUAAAUCUGACCAAGUAUUAUCGACCAUGAGAGUUGAACAAACAGAGAAACCUCAUGCUAUUGUUGAAUAUGGUGACCGAAGCUCAACGGAAGCAGUAAAAGGGGAUUCUUUCACCGGAGAAGGAGACGAAGAGAGCUGUAUAGCGAGAGCGAUCGCUGCAAGUUUAGAAAGUGAAUUGGAAGACGAACAAAAACAACUUCA